UCACAAAGCCACAUCUCAGUAUAUAUGUUCCACUCGUAAAAGCGAGCAAAGCAUUGUACGGGUUCGAUAACACUCUUAAAUUCCAAUCUGCUCUUCUAUCUUGCUCCGAGUUUUCUCGUCCGAUUAGGGUUAGGGUUUUACCAUUUCGUCUUUCGGAACUGCUACGCUUCUUUUCUCUGGAGCCAUGGAGUCUACUCAAGUGAUCAAGGUCAAGUAUGGAGAUACCCUCCGGCGAUUCACUGCUGGCGUCACUGAUAAUCACCUGGAUUUUGACAUGGCUGGUUUGAGGGCCAAGAUACUUUCUCUUUUCAAUUUAACUUCUGAUGCAAACUUUGAGCUUAAGUAUGUUGAUGAAGAUGGCGACUUGGUGACACUUGUGGAUGAUGAUGAUUUGCAUGAUGCAAUGAAGCAGCGCCUGAAAUUCUUGAGAAUUGAUGUGCAUAUCAGCAAUGACAGUGGUGCUAAGUCAUGUUCCAGCUUCACUUCCAGCGGAAGUGACACUACCUUAAAAAGUAGCGAUCAUGAAAAUUCUUCCUCCACAGCAAGAGGUCCACGGCGGAUUAUACGAGUGAGAUCUUCCAAAGCCAAUAGUCAACCUGCUGAGUCUGAAAAUGGAAAAUUUGGGACAGAGCCGAUGUCUGAGGUUCUUCAGAAGUUAGCAAAAUCAAGAGUUACAACUGGGAAUGCAACUUCUGCCAAUGGCAGUCAACAGGUGGAUACUGAAAAUGCAAGUGGAGCUACACCUGUUGUCAAAGCCUCAGUGACUGGGAACCCAACUUCAUCUGAUGCCAAUCAACAGGUAGAGGCUGAAAAUGCAUCUAGAGCUGUACCUCUUGUUAUAGCUCAUGAUGCUUUGAAUUCUGUCCCAGAGCCCCUGCGGGAAUCUGUUUCCAAGUUAAUUACUGAGUUGCUUACUUCAAGCCCGGUGAUUGCUCAGGCUGUUGAUUCAGCUUCCAAAACAGCAAAUUUUUCGUUCAAAAAAUGGCAGGCUAUUGCUGCAGCUGCUUCAAGUUCAAAAAAUGGUCUCCCUGGAAAAUCUUCCUCUCCCAAGGCAAGAGAUGCAGGUUCUACAUCUGGGGUUGCAGCUUCCAAUGCUAGCCAAACGGUGGAAUCUGAAAAUGUAGCUAAAUCUGUAGCUAUGGUUGUUACUCCAGAUUCUCUGAAGUCUCUGCCAGAGAACCUGUGCGAUGCUGUUUCUAAGUUUACAACCGACUUGCUGUCUUACGGACCAGUGGCUGCUAAUAUUGCAGAUUCCAUUUCCAAAAUGGGAAUUCCAAGUCCUUAUUUCCAGGCUCAUGUUUCAGCUGGUGUAAAUUCACAGAAUGGCAUUCCAAGAGGAUCUGUUCCUUCUGAAGCAAGGAGAUCAGAGUCUGUCCAGGUGGAUUCCACUUCUACUGCUGGGCAACAGGUGGGAGCUGGAAAUCCAGAUAAAGGUUUUGUGCCAGGAGUUGCCCCAGUUGAUCUCAAUAUACUUCCCAGUGAUCCCGGUGCAUCUCACACCACUGAUAUGAAUGCUACACCAAUUGCACCAGCAGUCCCUGAUGGUGAUGGCAAGAAGGGUAAAAAGUGUACUGAUGUUAGUUCAAGUAGCAAGGAUGAAAGUAUGGGGGUAUCUCCAAUUAAUGCUGCUCUUAGUAACUUCCCAACCCAGAUACCUCCAAAUUAUACUCCUUCCUAUUAUUAUCCGUUUAUGGGAGUGCAUCCUGAAUCAUCAUCCCAACUCAGAAGGCAAUUUUUUCGCUCAAUGAAAAAGAGCCCAAAUUCCGCCGAGGCUAGUGGCAUGUUCCACAAAGGAGUUCGCUGUGAUGGUUGUGGUGUCUAUCCCAUUACUGGACCUCGCUUUAAAUCCAAAGUGAAAGAAAAUUAUGAUCUCUGCAGCAUCUGCUUCAUUAAAAUGGGCAAUGAGAUGGAUUAUAUCAAAAUAGACCGUCCUGUGUAUCAUUCCCCACCAUUCUCCUCGGGUGCAUAUGAACAUGUGCAGCCAUCUUGUUUUAUGGGGCCACCAAUGCCAAGACCUUUAGUGAUGCAACCACCUCUGAUGGGUUCCCCAACAUCGCCACAUGCUUUUAGACCAGAGGCUUUGUUCAGGGAGGUCACCAAACAUGUAAAGCCAAAGCUGGAUAGUCGAUUUGUUUUGGACGUCAAUGUGAUAGAUGGUACAAUGAUGGCUCCAUCUACUACAUUUACAAAAAUCUGGCGGAUGCGCAACAAUGGCACUGUAGUGUGGCCCAAGGGGUCUCAACUAGUUUGGAUUGGAGGAGAUCACUUAUCUGAGUCUCAUUCAGUUUACUUAGAGGUUCCUGAGGAAGGUGUUCCUGCUGACAAGGAGCUUGACAUUGCAGUUGACUUUAGAGCACCGCAGCUUCCUGGUCGUUAUGUUUCAUACUGGAGGAUGGCAUCUCCAUCUGGACACAAAUUUGGCCAGCGUGUUUGGGUACUCAUUCAGGUUGAUGCUUCCCUCAAGGAUUCUUUUUAUGAUAGCUCUCAAGGUCUGAACCUGAAUGUUCCUCUUGAUGUUGGUGGCUCUGGAGGGCCCCAAACUAUAGAUAUUAAUGUUCAACCUCUUGAGGAUGAUGCAUUUCUUCAAAACCUGAAUCGUAUUGCUCCCACCAAAGCUGUGAAUCCAAUGGCUGAUAAACAACCAAGGCAGGAACUGGAAAAUAGACUCCUCCCUGUUGAUGCUACAUUUGUUGGCCCCGUUGCAUCCUCUCCUGCAAUUUCUUCAGCUGCUGCUUAUUGUGCCUCAGCCCCUGCAACUGCUGCAACAUCUUCAGAUGCUUCCUAUCCCAUUAUUGAUUUAUCUGAAACAGCCCCAACUGCAACGUCUGAUCAGCAAUUCUCGGCUGUCGAUACACAGUCAACAUCCAUGGGAUUGGGAGGAAAUGGUUCUGUUGAAGAGACACUCCUUAAAGAACUGGAGGAGAUGGGUUUCAAGCAGGUUGACUUGAAUAAAGAGAUCUUGAGGAUGAACGAGUACAAUCUGGAGCAGUCUGUGGAUGAUCUCUGCGGUGUUUCUGAGUGGGACCCUAUCCUUGAGGAGCUGCAAGAGAUGGGAUUCCGUGACAACGAGAUGAACAAGAGGCUGCUCAAGAAGAAUAAUGGAAGCAUCAAGCGCGUUGUUAUGGAUUUAAUCAAUGGAGGAGAAUAGGCUUAUCUGAAGUAUUUCUUAUAUAUAUAUGCUAAUACUAAUAAACAAAAUAAGUGUCAAUCAUGCUACUAUAUAUAUUCGCCAGGUACUUUUAAUUAUCUCCUUAGAUCUUACUUGAAGUUGCGCUGUCGUGCUAUUUACAACAGCUUUUGGUUAUUUUGGGGUUAUGUAUUAUGAAUUUUUUUCCCCCCCGGACAAGAUUAUGUAUGAUGUUGACUUUGCUUUAAUAUGUAUAUAUUAUAUUAAGCUUAUAUGUAUAUAUCUUUUUUUUUUGGUC